UGAACUACUUACCCCCCCCUUCAAAGAGAGCCCAAUUCCUGUCCUUCGUUCGGUUCCAAUUUCUUCUUCCCUCUCCAGUUGAUACCCAUUCUCUGCGCCCUUUCCCUCUUCUCCUUUCUUCCUCCUCUUUCUCGACUUCUCCCAAAACUCACCCUAAAAAAAAAAGUUCUUGAAUGUCGCUCUUCGGUGCUGUCGGCGCUACGGCCACAACAACAGCUCAAACGAGCACUACAGGAGAUAUCUCCAAGGAUGUCGCCCUCAAUUCACCCCCCGAGGAUAGCAUUUCGGAUCUUCGAUUCUCUCCCGCUAGUGAUCAUCUCGCCGUAGCAUCAUGGGAUAAGAAGGUUCGCAUUUACGAGAUCAAUGACCAAGGCCAGAGUGAGGGCAAGGCUCUAUUUGAACACGAGGCUCCUGUAUUGAACUGUUGCUGGUCUCCUGAUGGAACAAAAGUUGUCGGUGCUGGUGCCGAUAAAGCUGCUCGCAUGCUCGACCUUUCUGCCAACGGUGCUGCAGCAGUCCAGGUUGCCGCUCACGACGCCCCGAUUAGAUGCUGCCAUAUGAUGCCGAAUCCGGCGGGAGGCACUCCGCUCCUGGUGACGGGCUCUUGGGAUAAGAUGGUCAAAUACUGGGAUCUACGACAGUCCAACCCCAUCGCAACACUCGAGUGUCAAGAGCGCAUCUACUCCAUGGAUGUCAAGAAUAAGCUUCUAGUGAUCGGGACGGCGGAUCGGUACAUCAACAUCGUCAACCUCGACAACCCUACAAAGUUCUACAAGACGAUGCAGUCUCCCCUGAAGUGGCAGACAAGGGUGGUGAGCUGCUUCACAGACGCGACUGGGUUUGCCGUCGGAAGUAUCGAGGGUCGCUGUGCUAUUCAAUACGUCGAGGAGAAGGACUCGAGCUCCAAUUUCAGCUUCAAGUGUCAUCGCGAGACCCCCGCCGGUCAGCGCGAUGUCAACAACAUCUACUCCGUCAACGCCAUUUCCUUCCACCCGGUGCAUGGGACUUUCAGCACCGCUGGCAGCGAUGGCACCUUCCAUUUCUGGGACAAGGACGCCAAGCACCGUCUCAAAGGAUACCCGUCCGUCGGGGGCACCAUUUCCACUACAGGCUUCAACCGCAGCGGUAACAUCUUUGCAUACGCGGUCAGCUACGACUGGAGCAAGGGCUACUCCGCCAACACCCCACAGCUUCCUAACAAGGUGAUGCUGCAUCCCGUCGCCCAGGAAGAAGUCAAGCCCCGACCGGGUACAAGGAGGCGAUAGAGUUCUCGGAUAGUAUAGUAGAGGAAAAGGGGGGUGGUCGGGGUUCAACCAGAUGGGAUAGGGAUAGGUUGGAAAUAUAUUACCACUACCAACUACCUUUACAUUAUUGUUACGACAAGUUUUAAACAGCGUUCCACUUCUAGGUUGCCGUUGUCUUUUUUUAAUUUCUUCUUUGUUUUGGUGGGGGGAGGUGGGUGUUUUUAUCAUGUACUUCAUUUCAUACUCUUGGGAAUGCAUAUGAGCGAGUUUCUAAUA